GGAAAAAGGACAGAAACCACGAACCACACUUAAAUGAAGUCAAAUGAACUCUUUCUUCGACUGAUUAAACCCUUCUUCGAAAAUACACAGAAGAAGUGAGUGACUUUGAUGAGCAGUGUGCACGAUCUCCAAUGGCGAACAAACUGCUGAUUUUGUUUCUAGGAACAAUACUGUUCCUGUGUGUGGAAUCAAAGUACAUAGCGUAUAACACCUCGCAGGGCGUGGUGCCUGGGAAGCUCAACGUUCAUCUCGUUGCUCAUACACACGACGAUGUUGGUUGGUUGAAGACCGUUGAUCAGUACUAUGUUGGUUCUAACAAUUCAAUUCAGGGGGCUUGUGUGCAAAAUGUGUUGGAUUCUGUUGUUCAAGCUCUUUUGGCUGAUAAGAAUCGAAAGUUUAUCUACGUUGAGCAAGCCUUUUUCCAGAGAUGGUGGAGAGAUCAGAGUGAGGCUGCUCAGGAUAGUGUAAAGAAACUCGUUAGUUCGGGUCAACUAGAGUUCAUAAAUGGAGGCAUGUGUAUGCAUGAUGAGGCAUCAACUCAUUACAUAGACAUGAUUGAUCAGACUACACUUGGACAUCGGUUUAUUAAAGAGGAGUUUGGUGUGACUCCUAGAAUUGGUUGGCAAAUUGAUCCCUUUGGACAUUCUGCUGUGCAGGCUUACUUAUUGGGAGCUGAAGUUGGCUUUGACUCACUUUUCUUUGGUCGGAUAGAUUACCAAGAUAGGGCUAAGCGCAAAAGGGAGAAGAGUCUUGAGGUCAUAUGGCAGGGUAGUAAGAGCUUUGGCUCAUCAGCCCGGAUCUUUGCAGGUGCUUUCCCUGAGAAUUAUGAGCCACCACCUGGUGGAUUUUACUUUGAAGUUAAUGAUGUUUCACCAGUAAUUCAAGAUAAUCUGGAUUUGUUUGACUACAAUGUUGAAGAUCGAGUGAAUGACUUUGUUACUGCUGCAUUGUCACAGGCAAACAUAACUCGAACAAAUCAUAUAAUGUGGACGAUGGGAACUGAUUUUAAGUAUCAAUAUGCACAUACAUGGUUCCGACAGCUUGACAAGUUUAUUCAUUAUGUCAACAAGGAUGGACGUGUCAAUGCUUUGUACUCUACACCAUCCAUAUAUACAGAUGCAAAAUAUGCUACAAAUGAGUCAUGGCCAAUCAAGACUGAUGAUUACUUCCCUUAUGCAGAUAAUGCAAAUGCUUACUGGACUGGAUACUUUACCAGUAGGCCAGCUAUCAAGCGCUAUGUCAGAUUAAUGAGUGGCUAUUAUUUGGCUGCAAGACAACUAGAAUUUUUUAGUGGGAGAAUGAAUUCAGGGCCAAAUACAGACUCAUUAGCUGAUGCUUUGGCAAUUGCUCAACACCAUGAUGCUGUCACUGGCACAGAACAGCAGCAUGUGGCAAAUGAUUAUUCGAAACGAUUGGCAAUAGGCUACAAGGAGGCAGAGCAAUUGGUUUCAUCAACACUGGCAUGCUUGGCUGAGUCAACAUUGCCCGCUGGAUGUCAGAACCCAGUUACAAUGUUUCAACAAUGUCCACUUUUGAAUAUAAGUUAUUGUCCUGCAUCAGAAGUUGAUCUGAGUCAUGGAAAGAAUUUGGUUAUUAUUGUUUACAACUCUCUUGCUUGGAGAAGGAACGAAGUGAUUCGAAUUCCUGUUAUUGAUGACAAUGUUGCGGUUCAUGACUCUAAUGGCACAGAAAUAGAAUCUCAACUUCUUCCUCAAGCUGAGGCCUUCGAAGGCUUAAGAAACUUCUAUGUCAAGGCAUAUUUGGGACACACUCCACUCAACACACCCAAAUAUUGGCUUGCGUUCACAGUUUCAGUACCUCCACUUGGUUUUAGCACAUACACUGUCUCAACUGCCAAAAGGACAGGUUCAACUAAAUCAUCAGUAAAUACAUAUCAAAGUAAUGAAAAGGCGAGGUUUGAAGUUGGUCAAGGGAACUUGAAACUUAGAUUCUCUACAGAUGAAGAAACACACAGCAAUUAUGUUAAUAUAAGAAGCAUGAUGGACAAACAAGUUGAACAGAAGUACCUUUACUACUCAGGAUAUAAUGGAAGUCAUCAAAAGGAUCCACAGAAUUCUGGGGCAUAUAUUUUUCGUCCAAAUGGCACAUAUUUCAUCAACCAUGAAAGACAGGUUCCUUUUACUGUUUUGCAUGGACCAUUGCUUGAUGAAGUGCAUCAACAAAUCAACCCAUGGAUAUAUCAGAUUACCAGGCUACACAAAGAAAAGGAGCAUGUUGAAGUAGAGUUUAUUGUUGGCCCUAUACCUAUUGAAGAUGGAACUGGUAAAGAAGUUGCCACUAAGAUUUCAACUGCUUUAAGCAGCAAGAAAACAUUUUACACAGAUUCUAAUGGUCGCGAUUUUAUCAAAAGGAUACGUGACUUCAGAACAGACUGGGAUCUGGAAGUGAACCAGCCCAUUGCAGGAAAUUAUUACCCUAUUAAUCUAGGGAUAUACAUAAAAGAUAAUAAGACAGAAUUCUCAGUUUUGGUGGAUAGAUCUGUUGGAGGAUCUAGCCUAGAAGAUGGACAAAUAGAACUGAUGGUCCACAGGCGAUUGCUACUUGAUGAUUCAAAAGGUGUUGCAGAGGCUCUAAAUGAAACAGACUGUGUCGCUGAUGAUUGCAGGGGCCUAACUGUCCAAGGUAAAUUUUACUACAGGAUAGAUCCCUUGGGUGAGGGUGCAAAGUGGCGCCGAACUUUUGGUCAGGAGAUAUAUUCUCCUCUUCUAUUAGCUUUCUCUGAAAAGGAUGAUAAAGAUGAUUGGAUGAAUUCCCAUGUGCCAACAUUUUCAGGAAUGGAUUCGUCAUAUACAUUGCCUGAUAACAUUGCAAUGAUAACAUUACAGGAACUUGAUGAUGGGGCAGUUCUGCUUCGGUUAGCACAUCUAUAUGAGAUUGGAGAAGAUAAGGAUCUCUCUGUAAAGACAAGUGUAGAGCUGAAAAGACUCUUCCCUGAAAAGAAGAUCAAAGAGGUGAAAGAGAUGAGCUUGUCAGCCAAUCAAGAAAGGACAGAAAUGGAGAAGAAAAGAUUUGCAUGGAAAGUAAAAGGGUCUUUAGGAGAUGAACAUGUUUUAUCAAGGGGAGGGCCAGUUGAUCAAAAAGAGCUAGCUGUGGAGCUUGCUCCCAUGGAGAUCCGCACUUUUAUCAUUUACUUUGAUGGCAAUGACAUGCCUAACCUUCUCUCAAAUGCAUAGUAGUAGAUUUUGGCAUUGAAAGAAACAAGCAUGUUUGUAUUAUAUUUAUGUUGUAUGGCAAGUCUUCUUUUUUUUUGUCAAAUGAAUUGGACCAUCUCUAAUUUUAGGCAUUAUAAAUUCACUCAUACAUAUAUAUAAGAGUUUUAUCCACUACAUAUAAUACAUACAAUACUAUUAUUUUC